AUGCAGAAAGAUGUGAGGGCGACGCUGGUUGACGAUCGCGAUGGGCGGUUCGGCCCUUUGGCCCGAAAGCCUCUUCCAAUAGACCCAGGCUUGGUCCCUGCAGCCUUUACCAAAGCUAGACGGCUAGACCGUGAGCUCCCAAUUUCGGAAGUGAUCCUGAAGCUUGCCGUCUGUGGAAACAUCUACCUUGAGCUAGCUUUGACCCAAAAGCUUACCGGCUUCUCUCGAGCUUUGCAAUGGCUCCUUGCAAGCGGACUCGGUCUUCUGCCGGGCACGCUGGGGGAAGUUUGGGCUUUGCGAUCUUUUGGAGACUCCACCCAUUUCGACCAAAAAGGUCGUGGGUUUGAGGCUGGUCCAGUUAUUUGCAGUGACCAGGAAAUUGGCGAGCAGCGCCUGUUGAUAGAUCCACUGCUCGUUGGCAGCCUCGUCUUUUUCGGCCAGCGCUGGGCCUUCCGGGGCCGCUCGCGGGCAGAAGCCGUGCCAAAGCCCGAGGACGUUGCAGAAAGCUUUGACGCCAUUGUGCUGACGCAAGGCCUGGACGACCACACGCACCGGCCGACGUUGGAGCAGGUGGACCGGAGGAUGCCCAUCAUCGCCAAUCCUAGUGCUGCCUCCGUGGUGAGGGCCAUGGGCUUCCAAGAUGUGUCCGUGUUGCGGCCGGACGAGUCUCUCUCGCGGGGGUCCCUGCGACUCACGGCAGUGCCCGGAAGUGUGGUGGGGCCGCCGUGGCAG